ACUGCUGCGUUGUAUAACUCCGGUGAGUGAAACGCUGGCACCGUCUACUUCUCCUGCAGUUUUGCACAAUAAUCGGACCGUUCUGCAGCCACUAAAGAGAGCAGAUCUCCGUAUUCGACGCCGUUUUGCGUGUGUGCGCCGAGCGUAGGAGUACAUCAGUUGUGUUCAUCUUUUUCCCUCCUUCGAAAGCUCUCGACGGCUGACGAGAUGUGCGACGCUGCGAAUGGAGAGGCCGGCGAUGGAUCGUCUAUUCGUGCAGAAGAUCUCAUGGACAUAGGUAUUGCUGCGUGUAUAGCUAGUCGUUGAUGGUGUGUUUGGACCAGCUGAUGUAGCCCCGUGUAUACCUUGCGCAAGUGUAAUAAGAGGAACAGAGAAAGUGUCCAGAUUGCCUUCAACUGCUAAGUUUGCAGCUAAUGGGAGAAUUCUUACCUCAGGCUUGUUGCACUCUACAGCUGCCCAGAAUUUGUCUUUUGUUUACUCUAUUUGGUGGGGUGUGUGAUGCCUUUAGUGAUUCCCUGUGGUGAUAAGUGAGUGCAUUUCCUUCAUUCCCCUUGCCUCCCUCCCUCCCCCUCAUCCCUCUAUCUCUGCAGGCACAGUGUCACGUUUAUUCAAACAAUGCGAAGAUGCGACGGACAUCGUCUUGAAGAUGCUGGCAGACCCUCGUGCUAAUCUCGUGGAGUCAAAGCCAGAUGGAUCCUCCAUUCUGCACAGCUUCACAAAGUUUGGUUGCUACGACAUUGUCAAGUUGCUAUGGGAGAAGGGGGCGCGGCCUACCAUUCUCCACGGCGACAACUCCACCCUCCUCCACUCCGCAGUCUGUUCCCAAGGCGACACACAAGACGAGGAGCGAUCGAAAAUUCUCCGGUUUUUCCUCUCGACGGACGAGCCCCUCAAUAAUUGCAUGUCGUUGAACCAUCGGAACUUAUCCGGCUGGACGGCUCUGAAGCUGGCAGCUAGGAGAGGUCUGGAGAAGUGUGUUGAAAUACUGGUCGACAACGAGGCAGACCCUGACAUUCCGGACAAGGAAGAGUUCACGGCUCUCCACAAUGCCGUUGGUAAUCCCGACAUCCUCAAGAUGUUGGCAACGAAAUCCAGGAAGAUCGACGCGGGGAACAAAGAGGGGGAGACCGCUGUAUCUAGCUGCCGAGCGAGGUCUUUUGGAGUCUGCCCUAGUACUACUGGAGUACGGAGCUGACCCCAACAUCCCCAACAACGAUGGGAUAGUACCGUUGUUCCUGGCUGCAAGAGGCGGGCACCUGGAGCUGGUGAGGGGACUACUGAAGAACCAGGCGGCGGUCAACUUCCAGGGAGGUCAGCAGCACAUUGCCCCUCUCCACUGGGCGGCUCACAAGGAGAGGGAGGGCGUGGCGCUACUCCUCAUAGCUCACGGGGCAGACAUCCUCCUGAGAGACAAAGAGGGACGGACUCCGCUGUCAAUGGCUGCUCCAACACUCGCCUCAAAGAUGAUGAAGGCAGCGGUGAAGGCAAAUCCGUCGCUCUGUCUUCCCCCCACGACCUCUGUCACUCCCUGCAUGUCGGCCCAAGAGAAGGCAGUGACUGCAUGUUGCAGUGGAAAUGUGCCUGCUCUCCAGGUACUCCAUCAGUCUGGUGUGUGUAUCAACCACCACUGCAAGCAGAGUGGGUCUUCGCUACUUCAUUUGGCUGCUUAUUGCGGACAGCUCCAGGUGGUGAUGUACCUCAUGUCCCGCGGAGCUGAUUGGCGGCACACUGACAAAGACGGAGACACCGCCCUCCAUUUCGCCUGCAUGAAGGCCGUUCCUCAGGGACAACACGAGAAGACACUAGAGUACCUCCUCACCACCCCACUCUUCCAGCUGAAGGAUGCUCAGAACACGAGCGGAGAGACGCCUCUAAACACCGCCUGCAAGUGCAAGUUUGUGGACCGGGUGAAGUUACUGCUGCAGUUCAAGGCCGACGCAGGCCUCCCGAACCACAAGGGAGAACUGCCCAUUCACAGAGCUUGCAUUUCUGACCUCAAUAUCGAGGCAUUGCUGUACCUGGUGGAGCUGUGUCCCGAUAUCAACGUCCCGGAUGGCGAUGGUUGGACUCCACUCAUGUUUGCUGCAAAGUCGGGAUCUUCUGCCAUUGCCAAAUACCUCGUUCAGAGAGGGGCUAACCCCAAUCUCACUCAGAGUGCAGGGUUCUCGGCCCUAUACCUGGCAUCGCAGGAGGACAACUCUUGUCUCUGUCAGGUGCUGCUGGAGGCCGGAGCAGACUCUAACCUCACUGGAUCCUCCCAGGCCCUCUCUCCUCUUCACAUCGCCGCUCACAAAGGGAACAAGACGGUGUGUAUGUUACUGGUGAGGCAUGGAGGAGACAUCCGUCAGGAGGACAGUGAUGGAGACACUCCUCUCGAUCUGGCAGAGACAGCCGAACUGAAACAGGCCAUGCUGUUGGCUCACUCUGUGAGGAGGAACCAAGUGGCGGCAUCUUCAGCAGCUGACCCUGUCACCUCCUGUACCCUCCCACCGUCGGAACUGACCAAUCAGAAUCAUUCCCUCCCACCAUCAGAACUGACCAAUCAGAAUCAUUCCCUGCAUCAAGAACAACUGACCAAUCAGAAUCAUUCCCUGCCAACAGAACUGACCAAUCAGAAUCACUCCACAGCUAGCAAUCCUUCCAGUUGUGAGACUGCUGAAGAGGGAGAAGAAACUGAGACUCCUCAAAGUCCGCCAUGUUCCCCCGGGCAACCAACGACACCGGACAACGACACUGGAACCGGGGAGUGGGCGAAUGGGAGAACGGAGGAACGGGAGAACGGGAGUAUGAGAGGAGACAAGAUGUGCAACAGACGCACCAGCAGUAAAGAGAGUUUUGACAUCGGCGAACGGCGGAACGGGGACGGGGACGAGAGUGACAUGUUGGAGCGGGGAGUCGGCCCCGAGGACUGGAAGAAUAAACGUGUCAUGGAGAAGUUCAGCGAGCUACUGAAGUUGAUCGAGUCGUAUCGUCAGAGGCUCGCAGAAGUGGAGGAGGAGAUGAGGCAGCUCUGUGUGGACAAGGAGCUGCUAAUGUGUAGGAAUCGCUCCCUGAUGGCUGAGCUGCACAGCAGGGACACCUGCGGAGGGACAACGGGCGAGUCUACUGGGGGGUGUGGCCACACGAACCCCUCCUGGCUUAUCUCCAGCUCAUCUGAAUACGAGAUCACGGGACGGCAGUUGAACACGAGUGCGAUGAGAUUUUUCAACGUCUAUCACGGAACAUACCGCGAUAUCCCAGUCAUCGUCAAGAAGGUUCUGUGCGUGGAGGGCUGGGGUCCAGACCUUUACUCCCUCUUUCAGGAAGAAGCCGUCAAGAUCAGCCAGCUGCAGUGUCCGUACGUGGUCCAGUUGCUAGGAGCCAAGAUCAGUCACGGCGAGAGUGUGUGUGCACUAAUUUGCGAGACGAUGAUGAGGGGCUGUCUCCAUUUGCUUCUGCACGUGGACAAGCCUCACAUGGAAUGGGGACAGAGACUGCGGAUCGUCAGGGACGUCUGCAGUGGAAUGGCCUUCAUCCACUCCCACAAUAUACUCCAUAGGAACCUGUUGCCGCGCAACAUACUCGUUGGAGAGCACUUCAACGCCAAGAUCUCCGAUUUUGGGUUCUUUGAGCUAAAAAAGGUGUGCAACUUCUACUCGAAGCUGCGAGCGCAGAGUACGGAGCCGCAGGUGUACAUGGCCCCAGAGGCCAUGGAGAAAGAUCAGUUCACCGCCGCUGCCGAUGUCUACUCUUUUGGGAUGGUGAUGUGGGAGGUUGCCAUGGGGAAGGCUCCUUUUGAGGAGGACAAGAAGCAGCUGUCACCUGUGCUCCUGGUGGUGAGACUGCUCCUCGGACAGAGACCUGAGUUUUCCCCUCACCACGAUCACGCCUAUCAGAAGAUUGCCAAGUCGUGUUGGCAUAGCGACCCUAACCUCCGUCCCACGUUCUCCACCCUCCUCCCGGAGCUGAGGGAACUCCGUGAAUGAUGACAUCACAAUGACAUCAUCACCCCAUUCUGUGUGUUUGUGUAGUGUAUAUAUGUACAUGUAUGUGUGAACUGAGCGAAGCAACGUUCAAAACAUCAAAACUCUCCUUUUUUGUAUCAUGUGAUCUGAUUUCAAAGUCUUUAUUACACAAAAUAUGACGUCAAUUAAUUCACAUAGUCUGAGAUAGAUUUUGAGAUUUUUUUGAGAAGU